AUGGAUCCUGAGGUCUCUGUGCUGUUGCACUGCACUGCCUGGGGAGGACUCCUGGAACCACAAGUGCAGGUGGAGCUUUCUGCCAGGUUUAACCGUCAGACAGAGCCAGCACUGGAGAGUCACAUAGAGGAGGUGUGGACAGAGAGAGUGACCAUGGAGCCAUGGCUUUUCAAUGGGGCCAAAUUCAGGCUGCACUCUUUCAGUCUGGCCUCACCCCAGCCCUCCUGUCCACCUACACCUCAGCCUCCCUGCAUAAAUGGAGAAGGAGACAGAUAUGGAAGGCAAUGUAGCAUUCAAGAGGAAGAGGGCCAACACGAGACAAUGGGGAACGCCAACUCUGAAAGAGCAGAGGUGCUCAGACACCAAAGAGAUCAAAUAGACAGAGUCAUAGGCGAACGACAGCAUAAUGACAAGGAUUUGAGUAGCUAUAAGCAGAGGGAAGGGAACCUCAGAGACACGCAAACCUCCACCCCAGGGUGCAGAGACCAACAUCCUGCUGUGGGAAGCAGUGCAGCAGAAGCUCAACCCUUCCCACAGAGCGAUGUGGGUGGUAAGGGGGCCACUCCCAUCCUGACCCUGAGGUUGGGCCUGACCUGCUAUAGGGACUUUCUGGGCACCAACUGGUCUCAGAGAGCAAGGAAGCUACGCCAGCGUGCGGAGGUGGAGUAUGGGGAUCCUCUGGCGCUAUUGGCCCAGCCGCUGGGGGUGGGUGGGGUCUUGUGUACGGCUGACAGACAGGUGGUGCUGAUCAGGAGGAGCCAGCAAGUGGCGGAGGCAAGGGGGCUGCUGGACAUCCCUGGGGGGCACCCAGAACCAAAGGCUGUGUUUGAAGGCCUCGAUGAGGAGGACAGGAUCAGGGUGGAGAUGCUGCAGUGGAGGGAGGAGGCUGUGGUCAGAGAGCUGUUCUCUUCUGUGUGCACUGAGAUCAGAGACGAGGUAAAUGUUCCUCUGUGUUCUCUGGGUGAGCCGGUACUGAUGGGCAUCGCUCUGAAUCACACCAGUGCAGGCAGACCCAGUGCAGAGUUCUACAUCAGUUGUUCACUGACUUCCAUAGAAGUUCGAGAGCUUUACUGGCAGGGGGGCAUUGAGGCCCAGGAGUCUACAGAUAUCGUGUUCUUGAGCCAAACCGAGGUGCUACAGCUAGACCAGAGCACCCCCCUGUGGUCGGAGUUGUGUCCUUCAGCCAAGGGUGCUGUGCUGCUCUAUCAACUAGUGCUGCCUGACCGAGAAGACAAAAGCAAUCAAUCAAACUCCAGCUACUGCACCAGAUAA